UACCCCGUAGUUUUCUGGGUGCUUUAUGACAACUAUAGCUCACACUCUGUGUAAUGUCUGGGGUGUAGGUUUUGUUUCAUUUUCGGUUUCUUUAAGGUUAAAUCGAACGCAAAAUACAUACUGAGAUUUUCUUUAUUGUUGAGCUGUUAUUGUCUUAAAAUGGCGCUGAUCAGUUUAAGAAUCCCGAAGUUGGUGUGUUUGUCCAUGUUUGUCGUGAAUGCGGUUUGUCAAACUGAGACUAGCAUCAUCGAUUCAGCAAGAUGUGUGUGUCAACCACAACUCACUAUUAACCAUCCCGCGAACACUGGAGGUGACUUGAACUGCACCAAUGUUACUGUGGAGCUUAAAGACAUGAAAACACAGUUGGCAGAGUUGCAAGAAACAGUGUCUGCCUUGGUUGGCUCUGCGGAAGUUAAUUCGGCCUUACUCCCGAAGGAUUGUUCAGAUGCGCUGACAAUGGAUGUAACAGAGAGUGGAGUCUAUGCAAUUCAACCUCUAGACUCCGGUCGACCCUUCAAUGUCUACUGUGAUAUGGACACUGACGGUGGGGGAUGGACGGUGUUCCAGAGGCGGAAGGACGGCAGUGUAGACUUCUUCUUGAAUUUUGUCAAUUACAGCCGGGGCUUCGGUGAUCUUGAAGGUGAAUUUUGGCUCGGCAACGAGUUCUUGCACCGUCUGACUAGAGAGGGCGUUCAUGAACUACGCGUUGAUCUCUCAGAUUUUUAUGAUAACCAUCGGUACGCCAAGCAUGGGCUGUUUCGUGUCGGUGACGUCAGUGACAGCUACAGGUUGACAGUGCGGAGUUAUUCAGGAAACGCAGGUGAUUCGAUGGACAAUCAAAAUGACCAGCAGUUUACUACUAAAGACCUCGACAACGAUGUAAACCCUGACGAGAACUGUGCCCGUAAGUUCCACGGCGCUUGGUGGUACAAAAGCUGCCACGAGUCUAAUCUUAACGGGGCGUAUCUUCGUGGGACCGGGGCUGCAUAUGGUCGGGGAGUUAAUUGGUAUCAUUGGCGUGGGUACGAGUACUCACUAAAAACCUCAGAAAUGAAAAUCAGAUCGACUCCAUAGUAAGUUGAUCCUGUUUGAGCAUUGUGUUAUAAUCCAUUUGGAUUACGGCAAAUGUCAUUUAUUUCAGGCGGCUAGUUCAUAAUAAACACUCACAAUGGUGUUCAACUAAAGGCAUGCUGGACACCUUUGGUACUUAUAUGUCAAAGACCAUUCUUCUCACUAGGUGUAUGUCAACAUAUGCAUUCUAAAA